UAAGUUGACAGCAAUGAUGCAGUAUACAAUAAAACAAGAGUCUUGAUCUCGAGUAGUUACUGAUAUAAAUACAUAGAGUAUGGCACAGUUAAUUAUUUUAUUCGUAAUAUUUUUGAUAACUUUAUUAACAAAUUCACAUCAGCAAGUCAUAACAACAACAAAACAACCAUCAACACAACAAAGUGAAUACCCUUAUUGUUUUCGUUUUACUUGGCUUGGCGAAAAAUUUGACAAAGAUAGUGAUAUCAAAAAUCUGACGUGUGAAACAUUUAAAGGGGAUUUAAAAAAUGUUCCAUGUCGAAAACCAUUGGUUGCAACAACCAACAGUAAGGAGCCUAACACAUUGCUAAUGUGGAGAAAGUAUCAAAAGAGACCGCUAGAAAUUGGAUGUCGUUUAGUGCGUGGUGAAUCCUGUAUUAAAUAUUCUUAUAUUUACAACCAGGCGGUUGAAAACAUAACAUACAUGUGCGCCAAGGCCAAUGUCUCCAAUGGAUGUUACACUCAAAAAUACACAACUGGACGUGAGGUCGAAGUGUGCGUUUGUGAAUCGAGCGCUGGCUCAGAUCCUUGUUUCACAUCGACUGCUGAAUCAAUAUUAAAUCAAAGCAUCGCAACUACUGUGUAUGCAAUAAUUUUUCUAGCUACAUUUUUCACCUUAAGGAUUUAGAAAUAUGAAAUUGUAUUAAAAUUUAAAAACACAAUAUAAAUAAAUUUAUUUUUGCAUUUAAAGUAUAAAUUGUAUUUAUUUUAUAAUUUUUUGUUU